AGUGUGGCCCAUCAGUGCCACGUGUCAGUGCUCAUCAGUGCCACAUGCCAGUGCUCAUUCAGUGCCACCUAUCAAUGCCAAUCAGUGCACCUAUCAGUGCUUCCAAUCAGUGCCACCUAUCAGUGCCAGCCAGUGUCGCCUAUCAGUGCCAGUCAGUGCCGCCUAUCAGUGCCAUAUAUCAGUGUUGCCUAUCAGUGCCAUAUAUCAGUGUCAUGUUUCAGUGCUGCCUUUCAGUGCCCAUCAGUAAUGCCUGUCAAUGCCCAUCAGUG